AUGACGCAGGGCAACGUACCACACAAGAUUUUGCUGCCCGAGGGCGUCGCUGUGGGCAAAGUGAUGCGAAUUCGGGGUACAGUUCCUAACAAAACUGGCAGGUUCUACGUCAACUUGUUGUCCAGUGACCAGAAGGACAGCGAGACCGUCCUGCACUUCAACCCCAGGCUGGAUGAGUCCACCGUGGUCUUCAACACCCUGGAACAGGGCAAAUGGGGCAAAGAGGAGCGAGGGAAGGGCAUCCCGUUCCAGAGCGGCCAGCCCUUCGAGGUGCUCCUCAUCACCACGCCAGAAGGUUUCAAGGCCAUCAUCGCUGACCAGGAAUAUCACCAUUUCCGCCACCGAAUGCCCUCAGAGCGGGUUCGGGUGCUGGAGGUGGGCGGGGACGUGCAGCUGGAAUCCGUGAAGGUCUUCUGA